AUGCCGCAUACAGCUACCAGUCCAGCUCCUCCGGUUCGCAACCAUAUCCUGCUGCGCAAUCCCAGCCACGCUCAAUGCGCCCACCAGGCCCACCAGGCCCGGGAAAUGGACGACCCCCAGGACCUGGAUACGAUGAUCGGCGUGGCUAUCCUCCUGGUGGGAGACCGCCGCCACAAUCGCGGUCAAGAACACCUGGUGCGCGCCCACUCCCAGGCGGUGCAUUCGACAAUCCCUUCCCUACCUUCCCAAGUCGAGACCCAAGAGAUCCGAGGGGCGCCCAGAGACCCGCGAGACCCGCGAGACCCUAGAGGCCCUAGAGACCCAAGGGAUCGGCGCGGUCCGCCACCUCGAGGGCUAGAGAGAGAGAUAUGGCUGCGAUGGAUAUUAAUGGCAGGGGCCCGCCUAGACCGCACACUUCAAGUUCCAAUGGAAGACGGCCAGAUAUGCGACAGCAACCUCCGCGCGGACCUCCACCAGGGCGGGGCCGAGGUGGCUAUCCAAUGGGUCCAGUGCGAGCUGCUAGCUCAGGCAGACCGGGUCGACCUGAUAGAGAGUAUCCAGACUCCAUGGGCCCCUCUAUGCCUCCACCACCUAGAAGCGCAACGAUGCCGCUCGGCCCAGCUGCACCACUCUACCCGGGCCAGUCAACUUACCAAGAAACAGAUUACCCAGCGAGCUCCAUGGGCGAACCUCCUAUGCGUCCUGGUACUGCUGGAACCCGCCAGUCGUGUUUCAUAUGCUCCUAAGGACUUUCUGGAUAGCUAUUAUGAGUCUGGCGGCGGUGCUGCUGAUGAGCCCGAUAUGCCUAAUUUUGAUGCCAUGCCAGACCCUCAUCAGGGCGCCAUGAUUGAUGAGAUGGGACUUGAAACAACACCGGUCAAAAAACCAGUGCAUGCUCCGACUUCUUCGCCUGGAGACUACGCGUAUCCCCCCAACGGGGUGGACACUGCGCGCUCCCAAUCUCAACCAGAUUUCCGACAGCCAGACGGUGCUGGUGCCAAUCAGUUUGAAAAUGCGGGAUUCCAGUUUGAUAUUCCUGGAGAAACUUCCCGUGACCACCCAGGCUCUGCUGGGUAUGCGUCGAACGGGUAUGAAGAUUACGCUGGUUACUCACAUGGCCCUUCCCCGGUCCGGAACAACCAGCCAGUCUAUUCCCACGACCAGGCCGAGAUGCCAGAUCCUCACAAGAAUCCCGAUGCUCUUCCUCACCACCCAGCCCCGUUCCGCCCCGGCCACGAUCAAGCAUCAAAGCCUGCGCCGGUUCGGCAAUACAGCGCUCCUGAAUCGACCCCAGCCCCCGCUGCCCCACAGCCAAUGAUGGUGCCUGGUGGAACGGCUCAGGCGCCUGUCACGAUUGAAGAGAUACAGCGGCUGCAACAGCAGGCGCGAGCCAAUCCUUCUGACCAGAAGACGCAACUUCUACUCGCCCAAAAGCUAGUCGAGGCAUCCACAGUUCUCGUAGGGGACAACAGCAGACUCGAUCCGAAAACCAAAGCCAAGGCCAAGGAGAAGUACGUGCUCGAUGCGCAUAAAAUUCUCAAAAAGCUUGUUUCAGCCGGGUACUCUGAAGCCCAGUUUUUCCUGGCUGACUGCCACGGUGAGGGCCAAAUGGGACUCGAAGUCGAUCCCAAAGAAGCUUUCUCACUAUAUCACUCUGCCGCGAAACAAGGACACGCACAGUCUGCAUACCGUGUGGCUGUAUGCUGCGAGAUCGGCCAGGAAGAAGGUGGCGGUACCAAACGUGAUCCAUUCAAGGCCGUUCAAUGGUACAAGCGUGCCGCUGCGCUUGGUGAUACACCCGCAAUGUACAAGAUGGGAAUGAUUAAUCUAAAGGGGCUGCUCGGUCAAGCUCGGAACCCCCGGGAGGGUAUAUCAUGGCUCAAGCGGGCAGCUGACCGUGCGAACGAGGAAAACCCGCAUGCUCUCCACGAGCUUGCUCUCAUGUAUCAAAACGCUGGCGGCAAUGACAUCAUCGUCCGCGACGAGCAAUAUGCCUCCCAGCUAUUCCACCAAGCUGCCGAGCUAGGCUACAAGUUCUCUCAAUUCAGACUUGGUGCUGCCUACGAAUACGGCCUGCUGGGAUGUCCCAUUGACAACCGCACAAGUAUCAUCUGGUACACUCGUGCCGCGGCACAGGGUGAACACCAGAGUGAACUCGCCCUUAGUGGAUGGUAUCUCACCGGAUCAGAGGGAAUUCUACAGCAGAACGACACCGAGGCCUAUCUGUGGGCUCGAAAGGCCGCCACCGCCGGUCUUGCCAAGGCAGAAUAUGCUAUGGGAUAUUUCACGGAGGUUGGCAUCGGCGCUACUCCUAACCUAGAAGACGCAAAGAGAUGGUACUGGCGCGCAGCUGCCCAAGGAUUCCCCAAGGCUCGUGAACGUCUUGAAGACCUUAAGAAGGGUGGAAGCCGAAUGCAAAAGACUCGUCUCUCACGAUCAGCUGUUAACAAGCAAAGCGAUGGGGACUGCGUUCUCAUGUGA